GUGGUCAUGUGUUUCUGGGUUGAUGAUGAGGGAGUUGGGUCCGUGGUUUCUAGGUUGAUGCUGAGGGAGUUGGGUCCGUGGUCGAGUCACAUGCGAUGGAUUAUCUGGAUCAUGGCAGUUAUCGGCUCCACAUACGUCUUCUACUUCCACGAGAGGUGAUGUCACUCCCUGCAGGUAUAAACUGUUGGAGUUACUAGGAUACGUGGCCAUGGGGGCGGGGCCUGCACUUGUCAUCCUGUCCAUGGCGGACAGGGCAGGUUUGUGUGAGCUGGCGGUGGGUGGGAUUUUCUACGUAGUGGGUGUGGCCUUCUUUAAGAGCGAUGGAGUCGUCCCGUUCGCUCACGCCAUCUGGCACCUGUUCGUUGCCAUGGGAGCAGCUACACACUACUACGCUAUCUGGAGACACCUGUACACUGAGACACACACCUACCGUGGUGCUAGCUAAACAUGGAUCUGGUCCUGUACACACCUGGACACUGAGACACACACCUACCGUGGUGCUAGCUAAACAGGGAUCUGGUCCUGUACACACCUCACUGAGACACACACCUACCGUGGUGCUAGCUAAACAUGGAUCUGGUCCUGUACACACCUGGACACUGAGACACACACCUACCGUGGUGCUAGCUAAACAUGGAUCUGGUCCUGUACACACCUGGACACUGAGACACACACCUACCGUGGUGCUAGCUAAACAUGGAUCUGGUCCUGUACACACCUGGACACUGAGACACACACCUACCGUGGUGCUAGCUAAACAUGGAUCUGGUCCUGUACACACCUGGACACUGAGACACACACCUACCGUGGUGCUAGCUAAACAUGGAUCUGGUCCUGUACACACCUGGACACUGAGACACACACCUACCGUGGUGCUAGCUAAACAUGGAUCUGGUCCUGUACACACCUGGACACUGAGACACACACCUACCGUGGUGCUAGCUAAACAGGGAUCUGGUCCUGUACACACCUGGACACUGAGACACACACCUACCGUGGUGCUAGCUAAACAUGGAUCUGGUCCUGUACACACCUGGACACUGAGACACACACCUACCGUGGUGCUAGCUAAACAGGGAUCUGGUCUGACUGUUUACAUGAUGACAUCACCACAUCCAACUCUUACAAUUAUUAGUAGAAGUACCACAGUUACCAACAUGCUGGAAACAGGCUUUGAUUAUAUAAUGCCUGUAUGUUCCACACCAGAAGGAUCUCUGUCCAAUUAGAGAGGAAUCAGUGAACUGAAGGAUCUCUGUCCAAUUAGAGACAGGAAUCAGUGAAUUGAAGGAUCUCUGUCCAAUUAGAGACAGGAAUCAGUCAACUACCAGAAGGAUCUCUGUCCAAUUAGAGACAGGAAUCAG